AUGAGUUUAAAUUUGGUUACAAGUAUAAUUGUUAAUGAAGUUCGUGUGAAUCCCCAAACUCAUCCAAUUGAUGUUGUGUGUCAAUUUACAGAUCAAUAUGGGCUCACCAUUAUGUACAAUCAUGUUUGGUUGGGAGUUGAGAAAGAUAGGACUACUACUUUUGGGGAUUUUGAUGAGAUUCGAUGGUAUAUGGAUAUUGUGAUGAGCACAAAUCUUGGGUUUAGGCAUUGUCGUCCUCUAUUGUUUAUCGAUGGUCCUUUUCUAAAGGGCACCUUGUUAACAGUUACAACGAAGGAUGGGGAUCAAGGUUUUUUUCCUCUUGCAAUGGCAAUUGUCUAUACAGAGACUACAGACAGUUGGGAAUGGUUUUUUAUGCAUUUGUCGAAUAUAUUGUUGGAUGAAAGACCAAUUACCUUUAUAUCUGAUCGGAACGCUGAACUUUAG